CCAGAGCGCGGAGCGCGCAGCUCGGGCAGGAGGGAGGGUGGGAGGGCGGGCGAGGGGAGCGCACUGAGCAACCGGGACCGGACAGGCCGGACCGAGGGGCGGCGGCAGAAGGCAGAAGCGCCGCGAUCUCUGUCGGGAAGCGCAACCUCCCCGGGCCCCGCGGGGCCGCGCAGGGGGUGUCCUCCACCCCGCGCCCGCUCCCUCUCUCCAUCCCCUGCCGCCCGCAGGCCACCCCGGGGCCCGGCCAUCCGCGCGUACAUCCUCGAGCUCGGGCCUGUCCCUGGCCCUCGAGGGAGCCGCUGCUCUCCUCGCCGCCUCUGCAGCGGCCCCGCCAGAGGCCGCUCGGGCGGGACCUCGGCGUGAGCAUCGGGCGCCCCCCUCGGAGUGCACGACCCCCGGAGCCGCCCUCAACACGGACCGCGCCCGCCGGGCACACAAGAAUGGUCACUAUACUGGGGGCCAUGGAGUCUCAGGUGGGGGGGGGCCCGGCCGGCCCGGCCCUGCCCAACGGGCCACUCCUGGGCACCAACGGAGCCACUGACGACAGCAAGACCAACCUCAUCGUCAACUACCUGCCCCAGAACAUGACCCAGGACGAGUUCAAGAGUCUGUUCGGCAGUAUCGGCGACAUCGAGUCCUGCAAGCUGGUUCGGGACAAGAUCACAGGCCAGAGCCUCGGCUACGGAUUUGUGAACUAUUCUGACCCCAACGACGCAGACAAAGCCAUAAACACCCUCAACGGCCUCAAACUGCAGACCAAGACCAUCAAGGUGUCCUACGCCAGGCCCAGCUCUGCAUCCAUCCGGGACGCUAACCUGUAUGUCAGCGGGCUCCCCAAGACCAUGAGCCAGAAGGAGAUGGAGCAGCUCUUCUCCCAGUACGGGCGAAUCAUCACCUCGCGCAUCCUGGUGGACCAGGUCACAGGUGUGUCUCGGGGCGUGGGCUUCAUUCGCUUUGACAAGAGGAUCGAGGCCGAGGAGGCCAUCAAAGGACUGAACGGGCAGAAGCCGCUGGGCGCGACCGAGCCCAUCACGGUCAAGUUCGCCAACAACCCGAGUCAGAAGACAGGACAGGCGCUGCUCACCCACCUCUACCAGUCCUCGGCCCGGCGCUACGCAGGCCCCCUGCACCACCAGACGCAGCGCUUCCGGCUGGACAACCUGCUCAACAUGGCCUACGGAGUCAAGAGUCCCCUGUCGCUCAUCGCCAGGUUCUCUCCCAUCGCCAUCGACGGCAUGAGCGGCCUGGCCGGCGUGGGGCUGUCGGGGGGCGCGGCGGGCGCCGGCUGGUGCAUCUUCGUGUACAACCUGUCGCCCGAGGCGGACGAGAGCGUGCUGUGGCAGCUGUUCGGCCCCUUCGGCGCGGUCACCAACGUCAAGGUCAUCCGCGACUUCACCACCAACAAGUGCAAGGGCUUCGGCUUCGUCACCAUGACCAACUACGACGAGGCGGCCAUGGCCAUCGCCAGCCUCAACGGCUACCGCCUGGGCGAGCGCGUGCUGCAGGUGUCCUUCAAGACCAGCAAACAGCACAAGGCCUGAGCUGCCCCCUCCCCGCCACCCCUCCCCGGGCAGCAGAGAGAGAGAGAAAGAGAGAGAGAAGGGGCCGGAGAGAGACAGCCCAGGCAGGCGGACCCCACCCCUGCCCGGCGGUGCCCGUCCUUCCUCCCCGCCCCCGCCCACCCCCAGCUGGGCUGGUCACUCUCUCGUCUUGGUUUGGUUCAUGGUGAAGGUUUUUGUUCCUUUUUUUCGGCUAAAAAGAAAGCAGAGACGAGCCCCCACCCCACCUUUCACCACCCUCCACGGGAUGGCUUGGGGGACCCCGGGGGGCCCUCCCAGCCCAGGCCUCCCCGACAUCUUAGGUGGGACUGGAGAGGGGGAAGGGAACAGGUUUAAAAAUCCCCAAAAUAAAAAAGCGAGCCGUGAAGAGGGGUGUGGGCAUCCCUGGCUCCCAGAACCCCUGGGAGGAGGCGAGGGAGCAGGGGGAGGGGAGGGGCCGGAAGCAGAAACAAAAUGGAGAAAAAAGGGGGGUGGGAGGGGAAGAAAAACUCUAUUUUUGUAAAAAGGGAAAAAGACCUCGUGGAGAAUUUUUACUGGGGAUUCUUGAACUUGAAAAAAAAAAUCACAAAAAAAGACAAAAAAAAAAAAAACAAAGAAACUAUUUUGGCAGGUUAUGUUUACCAACUGGGGCACGGGCAGGGCUGAGGGGCUGGGGGUCCACAGGGCCACACACACGCGCACACACCACGGGGACAGAGACACAGACACGCACAGACACACUUAGGGUCACGUUCAGGAACUCCUGGCCAAACCCAGACCCGUGGCAGGGUGUACCCAAAGGACACACAGGCCCGGGGCUGCCCCGAUGUGGACACAGCCGGAGGCGGCCGUGCACACUUGCAGGUGUGCAGCCUCGGAUAUCUCGUGUCCACGCGGGUGCAGGCUGUCGCACGGCAGAUCCGGAUGUGCAAAGCAAAGCAGGACACCCGGUCACACCCACAGACAGCACGGACAGGGACACACACAUGCUCAGCAUCCUGAGGUCUGCAGGCUGGCCGGGCCCCUCCUCCCCGGGGGUUCCCUCGGGUCCCACCCGCCCCAAGCCCUUUCCUGGACCGUCGGGGGUCUCCCUGCUGCCCACCAACGCAGGCAUGCAACACGGCGUCCAUGCACCCAGACACAGAUACCUCGGUCCGCUUUGGCCCCGCCCCACAACACUUGAGGCCAAAGGACUCCCUGUCCCCUGAGCCUCCUCCCGCGAGGGCCGGGCCUCCCCGGCAGCAAGCACCUAGCAGCCCCCCUCAGGCCCAGGGUGGACAGGCCCUACACCCUUUCCCGUCCACUUUGUCACCCCCUUUUGGUUUGUUAGGUUUGUUUUUUUUUAUUUAUGUCUCCAGGUUGAGGAGGGCGGUGGUCACAGCUCUCGUGCGGAGCCCAGCCCUGGCUUCUGUCUGGAUUUUGUCCCCACCCCCCACACACCUUGUCUCUCCCUGUUCACUGUUUUUUAAAAAAAAUUCCGACAGAAGCCAAAGGCCGGAGCUCCUGGGAGCCCUGGAAGCCCCUCACCCCCUCAGCGGGCCCAGUCAGAAGGGAGAAUCGCGAAGCCCCAUCUUAGUUCAGUGGCCUCCUGUCCUUCCGUCCAGCGUCCGGCCACGGCCCCGAUUUGAACGUCCAACUCUCUCUCCCCACCCCUCCCGUGUUGUUAUUAAACGUCUGUGGAGCUUCUGCUGCAAGGAACAAAGAAAAAAAAAAAGCAACAAAAAAAAGAGAAAAACACAAACAGAAGAGGAAGGGAAAAAAAAAAGCAACAAAAAAAGAAGAGGAAAAAAAACACACAGAGAAGAGAUUUAAAAAAAGAAAAAAAAGACAUAAACUGGCACCAGUUAACUUUCUUGUACUUUUUUGCUGAAUUUAGCUUCUUGUAGUUUUAACUUAUUGCUAUGUUAACUAUUUAUUAUCCCUGUUGACCUGUAAGGACCUUUGUGUAUAUUUCUGUUCUUUCAUCCGGUUUGCAAGUUAAAGGAACUCCGAUGUUCUUUGUUUCUUUAAGUUUUGCUGAGACGUGGUUAUGCCUAAUUUAUUUAUAAAAGGGGAAGUGGAAUCGUUAAAGUAAUAAUAAUUAUUAAUAACAGUAACGGCAGCCAAGCGGCGGCGGGGGAGCGGGAGUUCUGCAGGGCUGCCGCCCCCGCCCGGGCCGGCCACAUCCGGGGAUGUCAAGGGGGUUCAUUUUGCUCUUGUCUUGAGAAUUUUUUCAGUCCUACUUAGCUGGUGAAACCCUAGCUUGUUCAUGAUACAUGAAUCUAUUUAUUCUUGUGGUUUUAAGUCCACUCUCCUCUCCCCACCCUCCCAGCAGGGCAGGGACCCCCGGUUCCCCCAGCGGGUCCACCCUCUUCCCCUGCUGCCUCUGGGGCUUUCUCCCCGACGCCCUCCGCAUAGAGCAAUAAGGGCUGGGUUCGCCCCCCGCCCGGGGGGUCCAGGCUCUGGAGAGGGGACACCUCCGCACCCCCCCACACCGAGGCCUAGGCUUCUGCCACCCCGACACUGGGAGGGGACCUCUUUUUCUAAAGCAGAGCUCAGCCCAGCCAGGCCCCUUCCCUGGAGGCCGACCCCUCCCCCCAGGGGCCAGGCCAAGGGCUCCCUGGGAGGGGACCCCGGGCUUCCACCUCCUGGGGGUCGGGGGGCAGGGCCAGCAGGGAGGGGGCUCAGCCCCUCCAACCCUCCCUUCAUCCUGUAAUUUAUUCAGAAGGUUUCAAAUCACGACAGAGUCCAUGUUGGAGGUGAUAAAGAACUGUUAAAAAAAAAAAAAAAGACAAAAAAAAAGAAAAAAAAAACAGAAAAGAACAAAAAAACCAACCCAACGGAGAACACUUUGCGUUGCGUUUAGACUAUUUAUUACCAGGAUUCCUGGCCUGGCCGCGGUAACAGACUUUUACAUGGAAUUGUUUAAUUAUUUGUACUUUUCAUGCCAGAAAAUAAAAGUUCAGAAUCUUAA